AUGGAGGCAUCAAAAGUCAAGGAGGGAACAGUGAGUAUAAACUAUCCAAUGUUGUCAAAAUCCAACUACACGGUGUGGUCAAUGAAGAUGCAGGUCUUCAUGGAAGCUCAGGGAGUUGGGGAGGCUGUGGAGCCUAGUGACCCGGAGGUGAACGUUGAAAAACGGAUGGAUAAAAUGGCGCUGGCAGCAAUCUAUCAAGGCAUUCCAGAGGAAUUUAUGUUAACUCUGGUCGGUAAGAAAACGGCUAAGGUGGCGUGGGAGGCAAUCAAGACAAUGUGUAUGGGGGUGGAACGAGUACAGGAGGCUAGGGUGCAGACAUUAAAGGGAGAAUUCGAGUCUCUCAUGAUGAAAGACUCAGAGAAGAUAGAAGAUUUCUGCUUGAAACUGAGUGGCAUUAUGACUAACAUUCGAGUUCUUGGAAAGUCUAUGGAAGAAUCCAGUGUUGUAAGGAAGAUUCUACGUGUUGUGCCUGAUAAGUUCCUCCAAAUAGCUUCAAACAUUGAACGAUUUGGAGAUGUUAAAGCCAUGUCAGUUGAGGAACUGGUGGGACGUCUCAAGGCCCAUGAAGAAAGAAUGAAAGGUAGGAGUGAGCAACCUGAGCAACAACAACUUCUCUUAGCUAAGAAAUGGAAGGGCAGACUGGACAAGAGCAAGAUAAAAUGUUUCAAUUGCAACAUUUAUGAUCACUUCGCCUCAGAGUGUGACAAACUUCGACGAAAGAAAAAACACUGUCAAGAAGCAAUUCUAGCACAGCUUCAUGACGACGAACCGGCAUUGCUGUAG